CAAGAACACCUGCCGUACUCGCGAAAACCCUACCGCCGCCGCUCUCUAAGGUCCCAAGGCUCCAGAUCUCCCUCCCUCGUAGUUUCCUCGGUGGUCUUUUGAGCGGACGAGAUGGCGGAAGAAGCCCCAGCACCAGUUGUUGCCCCAGUCGAGGCACCUACCCCGAUUCUUGGUGAGCCAAUGGACUUGAUGACUGCUCUACAGCUUGUCAUGAAGAAGUCAAGUGCUCAUGAUGGCCUUGUGAAGGGGCUCCGUGAGGCUGCCAAGUCCAUUGAGAAGCAUGCUGCUCAGCUUUGUGUGCUGGCUGAGGAUUGUGACCAGCCUGAUUACGUGAAGCUUGUUAAGGCACUAUGCGCUGAGCACAAUGUUCACCUGGUUACUGUGCCAAGUGCUAAAACUCUCGGAGAGUGGGCAGGGCUUUGCAAGAUCGACACUGAGGGCAAGGCAAGGAAGGUUGUAGGCUGCUCUUGCAUUGUUGUCAAGGACUAUGGUGAAGAAUCCGAGGGCCUUAACAUCGUGCAGCAGUAUGUCAAGUCUCAAUAGUUGAGAAUGUUUCAUCAUGCAAAACUUGUGUUGGGCAUUUUGGUCCUUGGUUUAAUUAUGCUUUUGUUCUUGGGCUUAUACUGUUACAAGUUUCAAGUGUGAGCCUAGCAGAUAUUGUUGAUUUGGACAUUUGAGCCUUUGUUUAUCAGGCAGCUGCUGCCUUUAGCGUAAAUCAUCAAGAGCUGAUAAUAUAAUUCUCUUUGCAAUAUUA